AUGAAUUGCCGAGUGACUGCGCCUUCAGCUCAAGAGAUAGCCGUGCUGAACACGCGCGUGAUGUCGGGGGGCAGGCAGCGGUGGCAAGCCGGCUCCAUCGUAACCACUGUGACAGAUCUUCCCGUCGCCAGCGAUGUCACUGACACCAAGUCCGGCGGCUUUGGCCACGUGAACGUGGUUUUGCCGCGGCCCUCCCGCGUGCAUCGCAGCGACAGAAUUAUCGAGCAGCUCAACAAAGGAAUGGAUCCAGCAGAAACACUCUACGGCGGACUCGGCGUGGAGGGCAGAACUGACCUUCGCUUUCCACUCUCUGCUGUAUAG